AUGGCUCCCACUCUGAAGCUUACGUACCACGACGCCAGAGGCCGGGCGGAGGCUACCCGUCUGGCGCUCUACAUCGGCGGCAUCGACUUUGAGGACGUUCGCGUCAAUGGCGAGCAGCUGGCGGAGAUCCAGCCCACCCUGCCCUUCGGACACGUGCCCGUGUUGGAGGUGGACGGCGAGGCCAUAGCCCAGGGCAUCGCCCACCAAAUUUACGCCGGCAAGCUGGCCGGCCUCUACCCGCAGGACAACCUCGCCGCGCUGCGCGUCGACGAGUGCCUGCAGCUUGUGCAAGACCUCACGGACCUCAUCGUGCCUAGCCUGUUCGAGAAGGACGCCGACAAGAAGGCGGCGAUGCGAAAGGCGCUUGCUGAAGAGACCCUACCCAAAUGGUUUGGGAUGAUCGAGGCGAGGCUGCAGAGCCGGGGGUGGUCACACGCGGCCGGGAACGAGCUCACCGUGGCGGACCUUGCUUUUUAUAACUUCGUAAUGUGGAUAAGGAGGGGCGUGCUGGAUGGAAUACCCCGCACCACGGUGGAUCCAUACCCCAAGAUGAUCAGCGUCGCGGAGACGGUGGACGGCCACCCCAAGGUCAAGGAAUGGAAUGAGAAGCACUGA